AACUCGCGCCGCUGUCGAAGAGAGGGAACACAUCAGAAGCCAUGUCUACGGACAUCACCUCUAUGAAUGUCGCGUCCCUGAAGGCGCUCUGCAAAUUGCGAGGAAUCACAGGUUAUUCGAAACUGACUCGCCAGGCUCUCCUGGAGAAGCUUGGCGUCUCUCAACCCAAGUCCGCUUUCCCAACAGCAAGUCAAUCCUCCCACAAGAGCGCUUCUGCUUGUGCACCAGAGGCGCACCAACCCACGCCACCCAGUGCGAGAAUCGUUACUGGUUUUGCAGUAGCUCAGAGUGGAUGCGGGCAUGUCCAAGACCAGGGAUCCAUUGUUCCUGUGAUGUAUCCCGAGUCUCGCGGAGCUGUUGGCACAUUUCCAUCCGUUCCGCUUGUCCUCCCUGACGAUAACUCGGAGCAUCCAUGCGACAGGAGACGAGACGUUUCUAAUUUUGCCCAGCCCAAGGUCUCUUUGGUGUCUACACAUGACUCUAUUUAUAGUAUACAGUCUCAACCAACCAUCUCCAACGCGGAAGAUUCCUGCCAACGGCGAAAACGAGGGCCAGAGGACGCGAUGGUCGCGUCGAUAUCAUCCAAAAAGCCAAGGGAAGCAACAGAGGAUCUGUGUGCGAACCAAUUGGAACUGGAUCCCGUUACACGCCGCCCAAGUUCGCCAGUAACGACUACUGGCGUGGAACACUCACCUACUGACGUCAAUGGAACCAUACCCGGAUAUGCUACACCGAAAAUCGUUCUAGAUUCCAGUGUCAUCUCGAACACUGUUUCAACUCCUAAUAUGAACUCGAGCUUCAGCGGAACUGAUUCUUCUAUUGGGGCCAAAAAAGGCCCGCUUCUGCUAGUUUCAAAACCAUUCGUCCGUCACUAUCCAAGCCCGCUAAAACUUCCCCCUGCAAAACCUACCAGCUUUGCUCCCCAGCGAAAAAUUCCCAUAGCUUUUCCUGAUGCGCCGUACCCUCUUUACCAUCUUGAUUUCCCGCCGGCAUCUGAGCCUCCCUUGCCGAAGAGCAUCUCUGUGCCUCCACGUAUCUCCCAACGCCAUAUGACUGCCCAGCUCGCUGUCAUCCUAAUGGGGCUUUCGGACUCUGAGCGGGGUAUUUGCAUUUUGGUGUCGAAGGCCUGGAGAUAUGCAGGUAUUGAAAAUCUAUUUCCACCCGCUGAUAAUAUCCUACUUGCUCCGCAAAGUGUACCUGUCGGCUUUAUCGAUACUCCAACUUCACUAUGCGGGUGACCGACUGGAGGAAUACGUUAAG